AUUGGGAUGAAGGUUGUCAACACCUGGCACUCCAGUACUGCUAUACAAGGACGAAUCGAACUCAACCGCGGCAGAGUACUCCGUGUGAAACUUAACAUGCCUCAGGACAAGAUAGAAAUACUCGAUGUCAAGACGUCGUUCUUUAGACUCCACGGAUUCUCAGAAAACAUCCAGAGGAUGCUAGACAAAGAAGAGAAAACUAUAAACGUGUGCUCGGGGUCAAGGCUGGCCAAGGUCACAGGGCUGGAGCUGUGUGUGGACGUGAGCUAUGUCAACGCGUCACUGGUGGAACAUGCCCCCUACUUUCCCUUCACAGGGCCAUUUGACAUGGAGGUAUCUCUCAACAAGAGAGACAAACAUUCUGGCUACAACAUGCUGGCCAAGAGAAGUGAGUCCAAAACAGCCAGCACGAUUCAGUUUGCAUUUGACACUCCUGGCUCCAGUAUUGACCGGACCCUGGCCUUUGAUUUAUCUGUCAACUAUAAGAAGAAACAGGUUGAUAUGUCGUUUGUGUCACCAUGGAAAAACAUAGCUGUUAAAGGCAAGCAGAUUUACUUUUUAUCAAAUUAGGGUAUUUGAGUUUGGUCUAAAUGUAUGUUAAACCACAUUAUGUAACAU